CAAUCGAGGCAAAUAAGUAAAGAAGACAAAAGUUUGGACUGAAACUCCAUUUAUACGCAUACAUAUUUAUGUGUAUAGACUAUAUGUUAAAACUGAUAAUAAAGAAAACUUGUUUCGAGACAGAGGUGAAAAGAGUGAGAUCUAGAGAAGGAGCUGUAGAAGAAAAUGGGAUGCUCGAUCUCAGGGUUGAAUGGGUUAUACGACGCCGUUAAUGGCGGAGGUGAUGUUUGGAUCAAUGAGAACCGGUUCAAGAUCAUUCGGCAGCUCGGUGAAGGUGGUUUUGCCUAUGUCUUCCUUGUUAAAGAAGUCCUUUCUGAUCCUUCUAACCCUGGAAUUUCCAAGAAAUUCAAAGACCCUUCUCACAUCUCAGAUGACGGAACUUAUGCCAUGAAAAAAGUUCUUAUUCAGAAUAGUGAACAGCUGGAGAUGGUGAGGGAGGAGAUUCGUGUUUCAUCUCUAUUUAGUCAUCCCAACCUGCUUCCUCUUCUUGAUCAUGCUAUCAUUUCGGUCAAGGUUGCACAAGAUCAGUCUUUGAAGCAUGAAGCUUAUUUGUUAUUUCCAGUUCAUUUGGAUGGGACAUUACUGGAUAAUGCCAAGACGAUGAAUGCCAAGAAGGAGUUCUUUUCUACUUCAGAUGUUCUUCAAAUAUUUCGCCAGCUUUGUGCAGGACUCAAACAUAUGCAUAGCUUGGAUCCUUCUUAUGCACAUAAUGAUGUCAAACCUGGUAAUGUCCUUUUAACCCACAGAAAAGGACAGCCACCACUGGCAAUAUUAAUGGAUUUUGGAAGUGCACGUCCUGCAAGAAGGCAAAUUCGCUCUCGUUCAGAGGCCCUUCAAUUGCAGGAAUGGGCAGCUGAGCAUGUGUCAGCACCUUUCCGAGCACCUGAAUUAUGGGAUUGCCCAAGCCAAUGUGACGUUGAUGAAAGGACUGAUAUCUGGUCACUAGGUUGCACUUUAUAUGCAAUAAUGUAUGGGGUAUCUCCUUUUGAGUAUGCACUUGGAGAAUCUGGUGGGAGUUUGCAGCUGGCUAUUGUUAAUGCACAAAUAAAGUGGCCAACUAAGCCUAAGUCUCCAUAUCCAGAGGGCCUACAUCAGUUUGUGACAUGGAUGCUUCAGCCUCAAGCAACAGUUCGACCUCGGAUAGAUGAUAUCCUAAUCCAUGUCGACAAAUUGAUCUCGAAGUUUUCACAUUAAAAGGAUAGAGGAGACACAUUGGGUUAGUCUACACAUGUGUCUUUCAUAGCCUGUUACGUAUAUAUACCAUAUGUUACUGUUCCUUCUUCACCUUUUUCCAGUCGAAAUGUGAUUGAAGAAGCAAUAGUUCUCUGUUGUUUAGUGAUAGAAGAAGGAAUAUAUAUGUGAUGAGAGGUUUAUUUGGGGAGUUCUCUGUUAGUUACAUAGUCUGAUUGCUGUUGAUAGUUUAUUUAUCCAGCCUUCUUUUCCUAUCUUGUAAUAACUUGUUUUCGUAGAAAAAAACACAAAAAAUUCCAUACUUCAAACUUUUAACUGUAAUUUGAUCCUUAUUAAUUUUGUAUUCUCAAUUUCUGCAUUAA